AUAACGUGUCACGGUCGCCAAAUGCGCUGACCUGUCCGGAGCUCCGAGUCUCAGACGCAAAAGCGGUGACAAUAAUAAAUUUCAAACAAAUUUGAAGUUCUUAUGAAUUUUACUAACCGGUUACCCUAUCCUGAGUUCAAUCGUCAAACUAAACCCAUUUGAAACGAUCGACUAGGGCCGGUAUACGGUUAGUUUUUUUCCCCAUUCCGCUACCAUAGCUCAUCAGUUAAUGUUUUAGUGCAUCGAUCGAUGCGCACCGCACCGGGGGAGAAUUUCAACGUCAACAGCGAAACUAGCUGGGCUGGUCUGUACCACAAAUACUACCAUUUGUUGUUGAGCUAGGGCUUUUUAGUGUAAGGGUUGAGAUACCUAGUAGGUAGUUAUAUUUUUUUUCUCACCAUCCACUUCCAUCCGUUGCUCGUUUACUAGAGUUUAGUUCCACUAUGAUAUGUAGGGGUAUGUUUGUAGGUAUCUGCGGCCACCCAAAGUCUCCCUCUAAAGCUGAGAGAGAACCCAAGAUUGCAGCUUGGAACUAGAGCCAGCGUCGGAUUGAUUGGGGUGGGUUGCUGCUUCUAGUUAGAUUUUACUCCCCCGAAUCGUGCGGUCGCGUUUGAGGGUGGUUUCGUUGGAGUCCGGAACGUUUCUCAGGAAAGCUGUUUCCUUUUUCCGAUUUUUCCGUAUCGGGAUUUAGCCCAAGUGUUGGGGACACUCGGACCAAAAACUCGGAUCCGCGUGACGACCGUUUGUUGGCGUAGUAUCCCGGUUAAUUUCUUCUAUUUUUGUUCCGCAAAAAGAGGAUAUGAUACCCGACCAACAGAUCGUAAGAUCGUCCCGGAGUUCCACAAAAUUGGUCUCGAAUUGUUAUUAGUGCUUAGCUCAUUCCGUAAGUGUGUUCCGGAAAGAAGUUGUUAAUGUUAAUAGUGUGUUCCAGAAUCGAAGAUCACGUUAAUCUGCAGCUGUUUGUUCGACUGCGAAAUGUUCCAAGUCGAGAUAGGCUCUGUUAUCGGCUUAGUCGUUGUUUAUUGAUUGGAGGAUAAUCGAUUGGAAGAAUUAAGGUUAAAAUCAGUGUUCAAACGAGGAUCAAUCGGGAAACAACUCUUCAGACUAAAUUUUUGUGACCCGGAAAAGUUUCUCAGUGUCUUCAUGUGAGAGUGACUACAAAUUGAAAAGUGCUCAACCAUUCCACCAAGGUGUUCCGGGGUUUCGAAUGGUGGUAAUACUAAUCGUACUACCGCCAACAUCGUCUGCAGCAGCAUCAACAACAUGCCAACAGUUUGACCGAAAUGGCGCUCAUCAGUAUUGUUUUCGGCGGCAGGAUCGCCAUUUUGAAACACCAAAAAGUUACCAAAGAGUCCACAACAACGAUGGCCAUCAACAAAGGCAAAUGGCCCCUAAAUCGGGCCAAUACGAGCCGAUUAGGACCCAUCGAAUCAUCAGUAGCUCGCCGGUCAUUCCGACCAGCUCGAAAACCCCCACCGGCUCCGCAUAUCCGGAAAUCUCCUCCAGGAGGGCGUCGUCCCAUCAUCAGCAGCAGCGUCUAAAAUCCAUCAACAACCAAAGUUACCCCUACAAGAAGCAAACUGUCGAUAGUAAUAACAACCACACUAGCUUUAGCCACCCUCAUCAGAGCAACAGUCGAAACCGGCUCAAACGGAACAAUAGUAUCCAAAAACUUCGACAGCAAAUCCUUACCAACGCUCGAAGACCGCAAGGUGUUAGUAGUUUUAGUAGUAGUAGUGUCAGUGCAGCCCAACAACCCCAAGUUAUUUUUACAACGAAAAAUCCAACGAAAAACCACAAAACAACCACAAACAAACCAACCAUCAACAACGGCGGAAGCAGGAGAAUUCCGAAGCCGACGUCAUCUCCUUCCGUGGAGCCACAGCUCCGAUACACCUCACGAGUAAUCAUUUCCGACGAUUUUUCGCAGGUCGAUAUCCAGCCGGACGACGAAGAUGUGAAGGCCGUCACCAGGGAAGAGGAAAUCAUCAAAAAACGCAAAACCGAACUGACGACGACGCGACAGAUCGAGACCCGAAUCAAGCGGCAGCUGGUGUUUGAGGAUGGCAAGGUGAUCGAAGAUUCGGGGCCGAUAGUGUCCACCAAUACGACUGAGGACACCGACAAGCAGGAAACGGUGCAAACUGAGCACCGUACUCUGGGUGAUCCCAAGGAGGAGGACAGUGACAAAACCACGGCCGCAGUUGUAGGAUCGGACACCGUAGAUGUUGAUGGCGCUGCAAAGCAGCAGCAACAGCUAGUCAAAGAAAAUUCGGAAAAUACUACUGGAAAACAGUUGGCGGAAACUUCCAUUGGACUAAGUGUUACUCGACCCGAUGGACUGUUGCGGAAUACCAAGGAAGAGGUGGAAGUAUCCCGGGAGGAAACCAAGGAAUGUACCGUCACCGCCGAGCGGAAACACUUCGGAGACUUCACCGAUGAUGCCUACCUGCGUGCCAUCAACAGUGGUGUGGACGACAUCCGAGAGUUGCUGCUGUCGGAGGAAGCCCGCCUGGAACUAGAACCAUCAGGGCCCCAGCUAGUCAGCACUUCCGUAAAAUCCCGCAAGGUUAUCGACAGUGAGGACACCGACAUUCAGCUAUCGGCCCGGCCCGAUGGAACUCUAGUGACCGAGAAGGUCCAGACCCGGCAGCACGAGGUUAUCUUCGACGACGAUCUGCCCGGGGAGGAACGGGCCAACAGUCAAAUCGGUACCGGAGGAGCCACUGGAAUCGAUCAGGUGGACAACGCUGAACGAAUCAUCGAUCAGAAGACAACCUCCCAGCGAUACUUCAAGCAACGGGAUGAACAGCACGUGGAUUUAAUUGGCGCUGGUGGUCAGUUGCUGGGGAACGAGAUGCGUUACGCAGCGGAAACGACCCAGAUGGAGAAGGAGGGAGGUGGCCCGAGGGCAGCGGACAAUUUGCUCUCGGAAUGGGACAGUUUAUCGGAUCGGCUGAGGAAGGCGCGGAGGUUGGGACGGCAUUCGACCCCAAAGGAUGCGAUCGUUGCGGGGACCGGUGGUUUGCCAACGGCUUUGGUGGAUCGGACUGAUGCGUUGACGAAGCGGCCGUUGGAUUUUGAUCAGGAAGAUGAAACGCGGAAGCUGGAGACGAACAAAUGGCUGGAGAGUCACUUUGGGAGCGAGUCAAGGUCGAGUCGGGGGUCGAGGGAUGAUUUGGAUGAGAUGGUUGAACCAACGAAGAAGACCUUUUUCAAUGUCACUAUUAAGAGUGGCGGGGAGGGGGAGGAAAAUGGACACCACCCUAUGUACAGUAGAGGGGUUCAUCAUCAGAUGAGUUCUGCGCCGACUAAGGUGAUUCAGCCAGCGGAGGGGGAGGAACCGAUCGCUAGGAAGUACUUUCAGGGGGUUAGCGAAUGGAACGAUCGGAGUAGAUAUGGAGUGAGGGGAUCUUCGCAGGGGAAUUUGGCGGACGAGAGAAUUGUUGACGAUUAUGGCUAUCGAAAGAAGCAGCAGCAGCAACAGCAAGAUUACCGGUUGGACGAGGGAAAAAACUCGUCUUACAAGGAGGAUUCUGCCUAUGUUUCAUCGUCCACAUAUUUUACAACUCCACGAUCUCCGCGGCAUCUGAAGGACAGCAACUUCAAUGCCCGGUAUGGACGGGAGGCUCGAUCGGUUUCGCCGGAUCGGAUCGAGUUUUUGCAGGAGGAUCGUCCACAAGCUCCGCAGCGCAAGAAAGCCUUGGAGCGGAAGCAUACCAAUGGUAAUGGAAUGAUGUUGUCUGCUAAGCCGCCACCACAGGUCAUAGAGUAUGCCCCCCGUAGUAGAUCGAUUUCACCUAUCCAAAUUCCUCCGGUAGCGACGACGCUCCGGAAGCCCUACCAAAAGACCCGCUUCAGCAGCAUACAGGAUCUAAGUCACUCGAACCGACAUCAGCAGCAGACUCCGAUGACCACAAGGGCACAAAGUCAACCGCCAAAGAGCAAAGUCGGUUCCGCCAUCGGAAACAGCAUCCGAAAGCUGGUCGGCAAGAUCCGAUCGGCCAGUGCCGAGCGCAAAUUGCGUCUCAAAUCCGCCAAACAACAGCAGCAACAUCAUCGAUCGCCAUCGCCAAACUCCUCCGCAGCUCAGCAGAAUAAACGCAACAGCAGCGCCAGCACAACCUAUCAACAGUACAACGUCAUCGACGGACACAUCGGAGGCGGGGGAAGUGGAGCCGAUCGAGGAUACUCGCCGCCACCACCUCCUCCUUCAAUGGGACUGCAAAACCAGUCUCAACAACAGCUGCGACAUCAAUCGGCGACGACGAACGGCGGACCAGCCUCAGGCAGCACCAGUCACAAACAGAACGGCAAUCCGGUUAGACGUGAUCAUCGAAUCGUCAACAACGGCUUCGCGGAUUCUUAUUACGAUCGUCGCGGUUCCUCCGAUAUUGUGUCUGAUAUGACCACGAAUAGUGCUGGGAUGCCGAUCCCGAAACAGAAGUACUACCUGGGUGAGAAUCCUUACGGGGAUAGCAUCUUUGGGAAGGAGAAUAAGUACGGUGGUGGGACGACGCGUGGAGGACCUCAACAUCAACAGCAACGAAGUGAAGAACGCUUCAUUUCUUCAUCCCAUACUAGCCGGAGCUACAGUCAACCGCCUCCACCGACGGCCACCAGCCUGGGCCGCUUCAGCAAAAGUACCAACCGGCUGCCGUCAUCCAGCGGCAGUCAGCUUCAUCAUCCGGAGCCGAACGGAACGUCUUCAUCAUACUACCAGCAGCAGUCCUCGUACCAUACCAACUCCCAAACGCUUCCCCGAAAGUUGCUCUACGAGCAGAAAGCCAAGGCCAAACCCCUGCACUCUUCCACGAUCAACGUUUCGAUCGUCAACACCGUUGGUAGUCCCGGCGGCCCCGGACAACCUCUGGUAAACACCGGACCAGUCAAACCAGCCCGCACCUACAAGGCCCUGAACCGGAGCAAGUCCUUCAACGUUCACGGCCUUAACGGAACCAACGAUCCUAGUCCCAUCUAUCUGGAGAAGAUCAACCGGAACAACUACACCAACGGCCAUACUUUCUACCGAUCCCAGUCCUACCUGGAUGACCUGCAGCAGACACCAUCCCGCCAUCAAAAUGAGUCCAUGCAGCUCAAGAGUCCUUCAAUUGUCAACCUGAUCAGCCGAAGCACCCGGGAUCUAACCCAGUCUCCUCUCUACGAAGAAGAGCGAGUCCAAUCGAGGACCGAAUAUCACAACGAGUACUCAACCAAUGGCAACACCAAGAAGACCGUUUUCCUCAAGAACUUGCAGAACCGCGCCCCGGAACUGUACCGAUCCCUAAACGAUCAAAGCGGAUCCCACGCCGGGAGUCCUUCCCGCGAGUAUCUCAACACCUACAUCAGCCGGGAGCAGGAAUCCUCCCUGGGGUCACGCUCACCGGUAACGCUGAACAAAGACACGGCAGCCAUCGUACGGCGAGGAUCCUCGAGCACCGAGGACUACUCGGAAUCGUACAAGAUCACCCAGAAAUCUGAGGACCCGAGCCGACCGGCCGGUGUCACCAAUACGGUACGAAACUUUAGCAAAAAGACCGUACCUACUAAGGAUGGACGCGGCCUUCAAACGAUCGAAACUUCGGAGGUUAAAACCACCAGCACCAGUAGGUAUCGGGGCACGGAACCAACUGGAGCGGGUAAUGGCCUGAAGUAUCAGGAGAUUCGCAACCAUGGAUUCGGGGGAACAACCGGCACCGGUGGAGUUGUCAUUGAGCUACGAGGAAAUUCGUAAACUGGCAGUGGAAGCAUAAUUCUAUAUUCUGACUUCAAAUCCCGUUGAAAGGUUUUCGCGCGAUCUUUCAGUGUUCCCAGUAAUUUUCUGAGUAGUUUAGUACUCGUAUUCUUACGGCCAUCGAAACGAUCUGCACCACCCAAAACAAUUAUAUUUUAAUUCAUACUCAAAAUCUUUUUUGAAAUGACAAAAAAAAGACUACUAAAAUCAUAAAAAAAAACUUAGGGAGGAAACCAGUGAUAAAGCCAAGAUUUAACGUUUGUGCCAGAAAAUCACACUCACGUUCGCACACAUUCAUACACGAUAACCUUGAAUGGAAAAUUCACCACGAAUAUGAGAGAAAAAAAUUAUUAAAAAAAAAAAAGAAAAUAAAACAAUGCACAGUAUUUUAAUUUUAUAUUUUAAUUAGAAAUAAUUUGAAACGAAAAUAAGAGGAAUAGUUUUCAGCUUCAAGGGCAACGUGUUAGUGUAUAAUAGUGAGUGUGUACUGUAUCCGUUGAUAAAAUCAUUACUCAUUUCCUCAUCCAGUUUUUACCAACAGCACCACCUAACGACCGCAAUCCGAAGUUCGUGGUCUAGAUUUAACGGAAAGUUAAACAAAAAAAAAUCUGCAGCCAACGGCCACAUCCAUGGUCUUUCACUAAUCUCUCUGAAGGCAAUAAGAUGAAAGUUUAACAAUAAUUCAACCGAAAUAAAAGCAAAACGUCUUAAACUUAAACAAACACGAUGGAAUGUUACACAACGCUAGUGAGAAGUUUGUUUUUGAAUAAAAGACUAUUUUAAAAUACAAUAAUAA